CAUCACUGUCCACACUGCCUUCAUUGCUCUUGCUGCUGCUAUCAGUAUUACUGGCACCAGUGAUGCGGCCAUUGUUAGGAAAAGGCAACUGCAAAGGGACAUCAAAUUCUGGACAAGGAAAGAGACACAAGUGAAGGCAUCAUAUCCCCGAAGGAAUUCUCGGGUCUGAUGAGGAAGUCACGAUGAAUGAACAAUGGUCAUCAAGGACACGGUUCUUGAAGAUCCGUGUCCUUGAUACCAAAUCGUUCAUUUGUCGUGACUUCCUCUCUGGGAGAGACAAAAAGAACACUAAUUCCGCAAUUUAUCAGAUUCUAGUAGCAUCACCUCGACCCUGCGGCUUAUGCGAAACAGAUCCACACUCCCGAUCACUUCGAUAUCCAGCAUGUCUGCACUAUCAACGGACACGAGGAAAUAUAUCCUUUCAACGAAAGGACCUGCGAGGUUGAGGACGUUCCGGAUGGUGCCUAUUAUUACGGAUCAUCCUUCCUCACUCACGUACAAGUUGUAUGAUGACAAUGUGAUGCACUACUGCCCUCGCCCUGGGUGCCACACUUGUAAGCUCGCACCUAAGAGGUAUACUGAUGAAACCGGUUUUAGGGUACCACGAGGGCUGCCUCAAAUCUCACUCAAACCGAAGUUAUCAUUUCAAUCUCUCCGAUACAGCGAUCUCGUUCUUUGGUGGGUACGACUCGAAAGAGACGGUGGAGGACGUGUGGGUGUUGGAUACGGAGAUGAGGGAGUGGGAGAGGGUCGAGAUGCGCGGUGAAGGGCCGGGACCAUUGAGAGCACAUACCGCAGUCGGGGAUGAGAGGUAUAUAUUUGUGUUUGGCGGUGGGAGCGGGGACGAAUCCUCCGACGAGCUCUGGGCGCGUGACACGUUUGAGCAGACGUGGCACCUAUUUCCCUGUUCUACCACUUCCCCUGUCCCCCGGCGCGCGCAUAACUCUUUUAUCUACGACGAGCAUUUAUACGUCUAUGGCGGAGGAUCAGGACACGACGCCCUCUCCGAUCUAUGGAGGAUUGACGUCUCGUGGGCUGCGCUCGCUCGAUCGAAAGAUGAGCCACUGGUAUGGGAAGAGCUCCAAACAAGCGGUUCCGCUCCCUCGGAUAUGCCUGUUCCCGGCGAAGAGGGGUCACCAGAGGAGAGCAAGCCUAGAGCGAAAGGGUGUACGAGCGCUACGCUCGUCGGGAACGUGCUUGUUGUGCUUGGAGGACAGAGUGGAAGGGAUGGGGACGGGGAGGGACCGUGGGGGGACUGUUGGGUGUUAAACCUUGACGACCUGCAUUGGGAAGAGAAGCAUCUUAACCCUCCCAUUCCACUCGCCAGUCAUACGGCGACCCUCGUUGGGACGUACCUGUUCAUCUUCGGCGGUAAUGACGGUUCGAGGUACUGUAAUGAAUUGAAUAUGAUAACAAAGCAAUGGGAAACCCCCAAGAUCCGAGGACAUCGGAGGAGGAGGAGGGGUGGGAUUAGGUACCUGAUCCCAGCAUGGUAAGAAAGGGUCGGUGCGUGGUGGACUUGUCCGGUAAAGAUAUCGGGAGACCAGCUGGCUUCCAGAGAUGGGACGGCCUUCACGCGGUCUUUCCCUUUCCGUCAAUCUGAUUUCGCUUGCGAUACCCGGGAACAAUCGCUUUCAGAUCAUUGGACUAAGAUUGUAAAAGUUCGGCAACCCUUUGCCUUCCAGAUAUUAUAA